AUGAUUCCCGCUGUCCCUGCAGGAUUCGUGACUUGUAGGAGUUAUGCUACAAGAAGCAAACUGGUGAGGGCGAUGCCUCCGGUCCUUGGUAGCUUCCGGCCUGCAUCUCCUCACUACCCAAGUUUUCAAGACACAAACAGCAAAAAAACGAAAUGUUCCUUGAUAUCAGAGACAACAAACCCCGCAGAUAGAAGCCAAGCCUGUUUUGGGCCAAGCAGUCUGAAAACAGAAGGGUUAUACUGUAAUUGGUUGAUCUUCUCAACUUUGAUCAUUAUUCAUAGAUGUUUAUACUAUUGGAUAAUUGUCAUACUGAUAAAAAUUGAUGUUACAUUUGAAGGUCAAUGGAAGAGAUACAUUGUUGGCCUAGCUGGCCCACCUGGUGCAGGCAAGUCCACAGUUGCCUCUGAAGUUGUUCGACGUGUUAAUAUGCUUUGGUCCCAGAAGCACGCAAAGGGUAGUGGAGCACUGCUUCCUACCGAGGAAAUUGCUGCAAUGCUUCCAAUGGAUGGUUUCCACCUUUAUCGUGCUCAGCUCGAUGCAAUGGAGGAUCCAAAAGAAGCACAUGCAAGAAGAGGAGCACCUUGGACAUUCGAUCCAGCACUGUUUCUGAAAUGUCUGCAGACCCUAAGAACAGAGGGUUCAGUUUAUGCUCCAUCGUUUGAUCAUGGUGUUGGUGACCCAGUUGAGAACGACAUAUUUGUUAAGCCACAGCACAAAAUAGUGAUAGUUGAAGGGAACUAUCUAUUGCUGGAAGAAGAUGUUUGGACUGAAAUUAGGGACUUGUUUGAUGAGAAAUGGUUCAUUGACAUUGACAUUGAUGUCUCCAUGCAAAGAGUGCUCAAGAGACAUAUUGCUAUAGGAAAAGAUCCAGAUGUAGCAGCAUGGCGGGUAAUUCUCUUGCCUAACCCUGUUUUUCCUAACAACACACAAGAACAAAGAAUGCAUGUAUAUGCAUACAUGAAUUCAGAUAAAACUACGCUGUGGUUCCUUCCAAGAACUAUUCUUUAUUUUUGA